AUUAGUAUCCUCGAACAUGUAAGAGGAGGCUGCGUGUUCUCAUUGGGCCCAAGUAUCACUCAAUAAAAUUGAGGAACUUUGAAUAAGAGACGUGUAUGAAAAAAUCAGUACAGACGUUCCCUGAGAAAUCGAUUGCUUGUAAAAUAUGAAAUAUAUUUUAGUAACGGGUGGUGUAAUUAGUGGAGUCGGCAAAGGUGUUAUUGCAAGUUCAUUUGGAACUAUACUUAAACAUUGCGGUAUUCAUGUGACGUCUAUUAAGAUAGAUCCUUACAUAAAUAUUGAUGCUGGCACUUUUUCUCCCUACGAACAUGGGGAAGUAUAUGUAUUGGAUGAUGGUGGAGAGGUAGAUCUUGAUUUAGGAAAUUAUGAGCGUUUUUUAGAUAUUACUUUACACAGAGAUAAUAAUAUCACAACAGGAAAAAUAUAUCAACAUGUAAUAUCAAAAGAACGACGUGGUGAUUACUUGGGAAAAACAGUUCAAGUGAUACCACACAUAACAGAUGCUAUUCAGGAAUGGGUUGAAAGAGUUGCAAAACAAUCAGUGACAAAGGAUGGUGAUAAACCAGAUGUUUGCAUUGUUGAAUUAGGUGGAACCAUAGGAGACAUUGAAGGAAUGCCAUUUGUAGAAGCUUUCAGGCAAUUUCAAUUCAGAGUAAAAAAAGAAAACUUCUGUUGUGCACAUGUAUCUUUAGUACCUCAACCAAGAUCUACAGGAGAACCAAAAACAAAACCAACUCAAUCCAGUGUAAGGGAAUUACGUGGUUUAGGUCUGUCUCCUGAUCUUAUAGUUUGUAGAUCUGAACAACCAAUAGGCGAUUCCGUGAAAGAAAAAAUUUCAAAUUUUUGUCAUGUUGCGCCUGAACAGGUGAUAACUAUACAUGAUUUGUCAUCUAUAUAUCGCGUUCCUUUAUUAAUGGAAUCUCAAGGCGUUAUUGAGUUCCUAAACGAAAGAUUACAAUUAAAUAUUGGAAUGCCACGUCCCCGAUAUUUUAUGCGAAAAUGGAGAGAUUUGGCGGAUCGCAUUGAUCAUUUACGGAAAGAAGUAAAUAUUGCGUUAGUCGGAAAAUAUACAAAAUUAGAAGAUUCCUACGCAUCAGUUACAAAAGCAUUACAACAUGCUUGUAUUAAAGUUGGCUACAAACUUAAGUUAACAUAUAUAGAGGCUGAUAAUUUAGAACAAAAUACAAAAACAAUAGAUCCUGUAUUAUACCAUGAAGCUUGGCAACAACUUUGUAAAAGCAACGGUGUUGUAGUACCAGGUGGAUUUGGUAAAAGAGGUAUGCUAGGAAAAAUGGAAGCGUGUAAAUGGUGCAGAACAAACGAUAAACCUUUCCUUGGUAUUUGUUUGGGUUUACAAGUGGCAGUGGUUGAAUUCGCAAGAAAUGUUUUAGGCAUAGAGGAUGCAAAUAGUACGGAGAUUGAUCCAGAAACUGAUCAUCCCCUCGUUAUAGAUAUGCCCGAAUAUAAUCCAAAACAAAUGGGUGGAACCAUGAGGCUUGGAAAAAGAUAUACUCGAUUUACAGAAAAUAAUUCUCUCAUAAAACAAUUGUACGGUAAUAAGGAUUGUAUAGAAGAAAGACAUAGGCAUCGGUAUGAAAUUAAUCCCAAGUACAUUGACGAUUUAGAGACAGCUGGUUUAAAAUUCGUAGGUCACGACGAGGAAAAUUUACGUAUGGAAAUAGCAGAAUUAGAAGGGCAUAGUUACUAUGUUGCUACACAAUUUCAUCCGGAAUAUUUAUCUAGACCGCUAAAUCCUUCACCUCCAUUCUUAGGAUUAAUUUUAGCCAGUGUUGGUAAAUUAAAACAUUACUUAACCAGAGGUUGUAAACUUUCACCUCAAGCAAUCAGUGAUAAUGAAUCAGAAACCGAAUGUCUAAUUGAUGACAUAACAAUAACAAAACAACAAACAGCAAGCGAGGCUAGUAUGAGUGGUAGUACUACGUCCUGCACUGAUUAAUUUGAGUAAAUGAAUGAAUAUUCUAUCCAUAUAUGUACAUACGUUGACGUUACAAAAAUUUUAUUUAUGAUCCUAAUACACAAAUUUAGGAUCCUAAUAUACGUAUGAUAAUAUUCUAUACAUUUAUAUUAUAUAGUUAUAUUUUUAAUCCUCUAUUAACCAUGUCUGAAUCUAUCUUGAUUCAUGUUCGUAAGAAUCUUGUUGAAUUCCUCAAGUUAUAUUAAAGUCUGUAAUUGUUUGAUACGACAAUACUUAACUUGAAUUGCAUCCUUUAGUUAAUCUUUACUAUAUAUGUAUAUAUAUGUCUCGAAAAGAAGAUAUACUUGUUUUAAUUACGCGCUUAGUUGCCCUUCCUAUUUAUAUCUAAAAACCUAUCCUUUGUUAGUAUUUUUAUACUUCAUUUAUGUACUGGCACGAUUGCUAACGAUCGUUAGAAGCACUGGUCAACAGAGGAUUAAACACGCGUAUAACUUAUAUAACGAAAAGAAUUGAUAAAUAGUUUUAUACUAAAUAAAUGAAAACUAUUUGCAAAUUUCACUUCUUGGACAAAAGUUUUUUUUUUAUAAUAAAUAACAAUAUUUAUAAUAAUUCUACAUUAUUAAUUUAAUGUAAAAAAAUUUACAAAGAAUUUUAUUUCAAGCAUAAAAAUUGUGUUUGAAUUACAAAUUUAUAAGCAUGUUAUUUUCAUUGUAAAUAUCAAUGAAUUAAAUUCAUUAUUGUUUCAUAUUCUUCGAUUAUAGUUUUUAUAACCAUCGUAUAUUUCCUUCGCUUUCUUCUCAUUUACAUACAUAUUUUUUUAUAAUUCCAGGUAAAAAAUGUAAUUCUGUAUACUAUAUACAAUGUAUUUUCGUUAAUUGUUAUAUUUUAACAAUUAUAAAUGUAAUGCAUAUUUAUAAAUAUAAAUAAUUAUAUUUAUAAAUAUAAACAAAUAUAAUUAAUUGUUAUAUUCCGUUAACAGAAUUAAAACAUCUUAUAUUUAAGAAAGUAAAAUUUAACGUUUUUUUAGUUAUUGCUUUAAACUUUCCGUAACUUAUAUGUGGAAGUGUAAAAUUAAGUUUACAUAUUCAUGGCAACUACAAAAUUUUUGCUACAAACUACGUGCUUCGACUAACUAGUUUUAUUUCAAGGACUUAUUGUUACAAAAUCAUACUCACGACUUUUUGUCUUUAUUUAGCAGCACAUGCGUUCUGCUGAAUACAGUAUAUAAAAUAUACACUGGCGUAUUACAUUAAAACAUUUUCUUUGUAUAAAAAUGAUAUAUAUACAGCACACUCUCACUGUUACACGUAUAGUAUACGAAUAUUAGUUGAUACUAGAUUAAUGUUAAGUUACAGUACAGAAUUCGGAUUAUUACAAUUCACAAAAGAAAUAAAAUAUCUGUAAUACAUAAUAAACAAAUGUAAACAAAAUAAAUAUAAAGAAAAAUUAAAAUGCACUUUGGACGGUAAGCAUUACAAAUAAUACUGAGAACACAUUUUUUGUGGAAAAAAAAAAGAGGAAGUAUUUUACACAUAACGAAAUGUUUUUGGAGAUUUAAAAAUAUUUUAUAUAUGUACAAAAUAAUUUUUGUUAUUAACAGAAAAAUAGCAUAGCCAAUAAACUUUAUACGAAUGUGAUUCAAAA